AUGCAGAUGCGAAACAUCCUCACACUCCUGGCGGCCUCGGGGGCUGCCGCCCAGUCCACGGGCCUCCCGCCUUCGAUGAUGCCCGGGAACGGCACCAUCACCACCACCAUCGUGGUGCCGUCGUUCGUGACCUACUGCCCGAAGCCCACCGUCAUCACCUGGAAGGACCAGUGCUACACGGCCAAGAAGCCCGGGCCCAUCACCAUCACCAACUGCCCGUGCACCAUCACCACGACCAUGCCCAAGCCAACCUGGGGCCCGCCCCCGCCAGGCCCGCCCCCGCCAGGCCCGCCCGCGCCUCCCCCCAAGGGCCCGGAGUACCCUCCCCCGCCCCCUCCCCCCCAGGGAGACAAGUCCCCGCCCCCUCCCCCUCCUCCCCCGGCGCAGCCCCCCGUCGCGCCCGUGGCCCCCAUCCCGGCCCCGCCGCCGCCGGCCACCGGCACCUGGGCGCCCGCCCCGGCCAAGCCCACCUACGUCACGGCCGGCGCCGGCGGCCUCACGGUCCCUGGCCUCCUGGCUGGUGUCAUUGCCGGCGUGGCUGCCCUGUGA